AUGAGUACGACGGCCGUGGUGAAAUGCGGCACCUUAACAGAGCUACGCAAUACUGCCCCUGACAGCCAUAAAAAGUUGUUGAAGCUGCACCUGUCGACCAGUCCAGAGGUGUACGGCCGCGCCCCUGGGGAGAACACCGGGGACAAGGUCAACAAGAACCUGCUGUUUGACACCAGCCUCACACACCUCUACAUCACCACAGAGAAGAAGAUCACCAAGGUGCCAGUGCAGGCGUGCCACCUGAAGACAGACUGCCAGUCCUGCGUGGCACAGAAAGACCCCUACUGUGGCUGGUGUGUGCUGCAGGGCAAGUGUACCAGGAAGGGAGACUGUCCCAGGGCUGAGGAUGACAACACGUGGCUGUGGAGCCCCAACCAGCAGUGUGUUCAGAUCCAGGCCUUUAACCCACCCAGCUUCAGCUGUAGGAAGACCAAGCAGGUUGAAAUCGACAUCCCCUCCCUCCCCAAGAUCGGCCCUUCUGACAUUAUCGAGUGCAGGUUUGGUUCAGACACUAGUGAAGCUGUGGUGAUGGACCAGAAGGUCACCUGUGCCCUCCCUGACCCUGUGAACAUCCCCUCUACACAUGACAAGCAGGACUUUGUGACGAUGCAGGUGAAGAUCCUGGUCAACCACGGCAUCGAGGUGACGUCCAGUGAAUACAAGUUCUACAACUGUGCCGCCACUGUCAGGAAGUCAGAGAACACGCCGUGUAUAGCAUGUGUGACCAGUGAGUGGCAGUGCCAGUGGAAUGCCGAGGACCACACCUGCAGUGACAUAGAUGAUGCUGUAGACGGAGCUCACAUCGUCAAAGCCCAAAAAGCUGAUAGCUGUCCUCAGUUUGAGAACCCAGACCCUCAUCUCAUCCCUGUAGGCUAUCGCAUCCCCAUCAGCUUCCAAGGGAAGAACCUGAACAUUUACAAGGAUCACAUGUUUAAGAUUGGUACGGAGCUCAUGAAACACACGGAGGAAGAGUUCACCUUUAAUGAGGGGUUAAAGUUCAACUUCAAGGGUUAUGAGUUUGCCUACGACAAGGAGCAGGAGGUCAAUGUGUCCUUCCACAUCAAAGACAGAGACUCAGAGAAGAAGAUUGACAGCACUCUGACUGUGGUGCUGUAUAACUGUUCUCUGGGUCGUGAGGACUGCAGCCUGUGUAAGAACGCCGACCCCAAAUACAGCUGUGUGUGGUGUGCCAACAUGAGGUCCUGUGUGUACAGAGAAUUGUGCGGGUCCCAGGAACCAGCGCAGUGCCCCGACCCCAAGAUCACUGACAUCAUCCCUCGUUUUGGGCCUCUGAACGGUGGGAUAAUGGUGACCAUUAAAGGGUCUAACCUGGGCAUAAAGGAGGAGGACAUUAAGAAGGUGACGGUGGCUGGAGUGGACUGUGUUCACCAGGGGGACAGAUACUCUGUCUCCACCAGUGUUGUGUGUGAGAUCGGUCCGGUCCGGCCUCCUGCUUCAGUGGACCUCCCAGGUCCCAUCAAGCAGGGGGUAGUGGAGGUGGAGGUGGAGGGGGGCAGGAGAGGACGUUCAGAGGUCCUCUUCACCUAUAGGGACCCCAUCCCUGAGACAGUUUCCCCCCUGAAGGGCCCUGCGGCUGGUGGAACAGUCAUCACUAUCUCUGGGAAACACCUGGAUACGGCAAACAAGGAUGAUGUCAUUGUCACCGUGGGCGGAACGCCCUGUAAAGUGUUGUCGUUUGGCAGUGAGAUCACCUGUGAGACAGGUGUAUACAAGGGACAAAAGGUUCCAUCGGAGCUCCUGAGAGUCUCAGUGAAGUAUGGGAAGAGCACCACCAAGGACGUCCCUGACUCCUUCAACUUCCAGUACUCUGAGAACCCCAAACUCACGGACUACAGCCCCAAGACCAGCUUCGUAUGUGGAGGCAGGAGGAUCGUGUGUGUGGGCAGUGGUUUUGACCUCAUCCAGAGAGCCACCAUGAAGGUGCUGCCCUCUACUGAUGACUUCUCUCAGUCCCCUCCCAUUGAGUUCAUCCAGUCUGCCGUACAUAAGAACGACACAGUGCUGCUAUUUGACAGUCCAGCGGUGAACAGGUCCUCUGAGACCCAGUCCUUUAGGACCUUCCUCCAGCUAGACAACGUGGUAGAGGAACUGAAUUUCUUUGAGUACCACGCCGACCCGUUCUUCAAUGAACUGACCAAGAACAUCAUCACUGAAACCUCCAUCAUCAUCGUCACGGGUCGUGGUUUCAGCAAGGCCAUGACAGCUGAAGAAGCCCAGGCGUUCGUAGGAGAUGCCUCCUGUAAGGUGACCAUCCUGCAGGAUGACAAGCUGUUCCUGGAAGCUCCGUCCACCCAGCCCAGAGCCCGCUCCAAACGCCAGCGCAGAGACACCAGCUCCGACCCUCUGGACCUAACGAUACAGUUUGGUAAUGGUGAGUGGGUGGUGGGCUCAGUGAACUAUGAGAGGAAGUAUGAGGUUCCUUUGGCUAUCAUCAUCCCAGCUGUCAUCGUCCCUAUGCUACUGUUUAUAGCUGUGUCCGUCUACUGCUACAGGAGGAAGAGCCAGCAGGCAGAGAGAGAGUAUGAGAAAGUGAAACACCAGUUGGAUCAUCUGGAGGAGAGCGUGAGAGACCGCUGCAAGAAGGAAUUCACAGACCUGAUGAUAGAGAUGGAGGACCAGACCAAUGACCUGAGUGAGGCCAGGAUCCCCUUCCUGGACUAUAAGACCUACACAGACCGGGUCUUCUUCCUGCCCUCUAAAGACGGGGACAACGACGUCAUGAUCACUGGCAAGCUGGACAUCCCCGAGGGACGGAAGGUCAUCGUAGCUCAGGCCCUCAAUCAGUUCUCUAACCUGCUCAACUCCAAGACCUUCCUCAUCAAUUUCAUCAAGACCUUGGAGGGCCGUCCAGACUUUAACGCCAGGUCCAGGGUCUACUUUGCCUCGUUACUGACCGUGGCUCUGCACGGUAAACUAGAGUACUACACAGACAUCAUGAGAAGCCUGUUGCUGGAGCUGAUGGAGGAAUACGUGCACAGCAAGAACCCCAAACUCAUGCUGCGCAGGUCAGAGACGGUGGUGGAGAGGAUGCUGUGUAACUGGAUGUCCAUCUGUCUGUAUCAGUUCCUCAGGGACUCAGCGGGCGAGCCUCUAUACAAGCUGUUCAAGGCCAUCAAGCACCAGGUAGAGAAGGGCCCAGUGGACGCUAAGAUGAAGAAGGCCAAGUACACUCUGAACGACACGGGGCUCCUAGGGGACGACGUGGAGUACUGCGUUCUGACCCUGCAGAUGCUGGUGCACGGGGAGGGACCAGACGUGACGCCGGUGAAGGUGCUAAACUGUGACACCAUCUCUCAGGUGAAGGAGAAGAUCAUUGAACAGGUGUACCGCAACCUGCCCUACUCACAGAGACCCAAGGUGGACAGUGUUGCUCUGGAGUGGCGGCCUGGCUCUACAGGGCAGAUCCUGUCAGACAUGGACCUGACAUCACAGAAGGAGGGCAGGUGGAAGAGACUCAACACCCUGGCACAUUACAACGUGAGAGACAAUGCCACGCUGGUGCUGUCCAGAGUGCUUCACACCCAUCGCCAGUUCCACCAGAACCAGGACAGCCAUGAAGAAAAAAACGCCCUGUUGGAAGAUGACAAGGUGUUCCACCUGGUGCGGCCAGCAGACGAGCUGGAUGAGGUCAAAUCUAAGAGAGGAAGUUUGAAGGCCAAGGCCACGACUAAAGCCAUCGCUGAGAUCUACCUGACACGACUGCUCUCUGUCAAGGGUACUCUGCAGCAGUUUGUGGAUGAUUUCUUCCGCAGUGUGUUGUGUUCUGGAGCAGUGGUUCCUCCUGCUGUUAAAUACUUCUUUGACUUCCUGGAUGAGCAGGCUCUGAAACACGACAACGUUGAGGAGGAGACCGUCCAUAUUUGGAAGACCAACAGCCUGCCCAUGCGUUUCUGGGUGAACAUCCUGAAGAACCCUCACUUCAUCUUUGACGUGCACGUGACGGAGGUGGUGGACGCGUCGCUGUCCGUCAUCGCUCAGACGUUCAUGGACGCCUGCACCAAGACGGAACACAAACUGACCCGGGAAUCUCCCAGCAACAAGCUGCUCUAUGCAAAGGAGAUCUCCACCUAUAAGAAGAUGGUGGACGAUUACUACAAGGGAAUCAAGCAGAUGGUUCCAGUCAGUGACCAGGACAUGAACACACACCUGGCUGAGGUGUCCAGGGAACACACAGACACGCUGAAUACCCAGGCGGCCUUGCACCAGCUCUACCAGUAUGCCAGCAAAUACUAUGACGGGAUCAUCCAGUCUUUAGAUGAGGACCCAGCCGCCCAGAGUAAACAGCUGACUCUGCGGCUGCAGCAGAUAGCCGCCGCCCUCGAGAACAAAGUCACCGACCUUUAACCUCUGACCCCUAGAGAAAGGGGGAGGAGCUAUGGGACCACUCUGUAGACCAAGAUGAGGGGGACCGGAGACUGAGGCAGACUUCAGACUAUUACAGUAUCAACCAUGAAGAGUUACACAUAUCUCUUCCCCCUAGAGACAUGAGAAACUGUGGGGAAACUAUUGCGUUUUGGCGAAAAUACUUGUGAAGGAGCAGAGCUACUGGACCAAAGUUGGACAGGAUGAUCCCUAAUCAUCAGUCUCCCUCUCUCUCUCUGACUCUAUGGAUCCUAUAUACUGAAUGAGCAAGGCCCUUCAGUACAGUCCCUAAGUGAGCUAGCAGACUGUAAACCCAGCCUUCAGUACAGUCCCUGAGUGAGCUAGCAGACUGUAAACCCAGCCUACGGUAUAGUCCCUGAGUGAGCUAGCAGACUGUAAACCCAGCCUACGGUAUAGUCCCUGAGUGAGCUAGCAGACUGUAAACCCAGCCUACGGAGGAUAUACGGUACACCACCACUGACCAACCAUAGCAACUAUACCUGUCAGUCCCAUGAUAUACAACCUGGUGUUGAUGACUUACAGCUUGUACAGAUAAUCAGAUGUUUAAUGUGCUCCAGAGUAGACCAGAGUUAGGAGAGUGGUGUUGUAUGUAAAUAUAUUUUUAUGGCACAGACUUUAUGCAAAAGACGCUUUACAUACCAAGAUGAAAUUAUUUUUUAAAAGGAUGGAUGGG